AUGCAGUGUGUUGUUGUCAGCUCUUUGAGUUUGGUGGACGCGUCCCGCGGGGAUCGAUCGGCGGGUCGCGUCGUCGGGCGCUCCGGAUCGGGCCGAGUGACGGGGGAGGCUCCACUGCCACUUCCAGCUGCCGGGGGCCCGGGCUGUCGAUUGGGUCGGGCCCCGAAGCCGACACUUAAUCCCGGAGGGCCGGGCUCCUGGCUGAAACAAGUCCGUAAACCGAGUCGCGGUUGCGGUGGCCUCCGCUCCAGCCGAGCCUCGGGCUCGAUUUCCGAGGUCGGUGGCGGAGGCCUCACUUCCGGCAGCUGUGGAUGGCCACCAACGGGGCUUUACGGUGGUCGCUCCGGGGAAGUGUCUGGGGCACCUUGUGGUCUCCGCCGUCACUUCUGUGUGGUGGUCUGCUCCGGAGAGGUGCUGGCCAGAAUGGGCCGUGUCUCCAUGCGCUCCGGCACGGUAACAGACCGCGGGUCUCCGGGAAUGUGGUGGGCCUCGCUGGUCAGGUCCAGGUGCGGUCCGGAGUUUACGAAGCAGUUCUGGCGCGGUGGCCUCCCCCUGGUGUCUCAUCCAACUCCCUUGCAACGCCAUCGCUUCCUUUACCCCUCUCGUGAACAUAUCAUCCAUCAGUUGAUCGUUGGAGGAGGAAGGUUAUUGACUUCAAAUCACAAGAUGCAGUCUGUACAGUGAUGACGGAUGUUAGCUGUCCGUGG